AUGGCCGAGUCGCUUCCCCAGGAGGUGAGAGUAGAGCUCACGUCCCUGGGCCUGAGGUCUCCCGGGAAACGUCCGGUCUGCCCCUUGGUUUUCAGAGUAACGAUCUGUCCUCAGCCGCCCCCACCCCCAAUCUACUCUCACUCCCUCUCCCUCCGAAAUGGCCCUCGUGGAAGGCAGCGUGGAGUGGUCUGGAAGCGGGAGGCCGGAGGACCAGGGUUCAAAUCCCACUCAGGGGUCCGUACCUUCCGCCUUUCCCCUCCCUCCUCGUCUGCCCCGUAUCCCCAGGUCUUUUCCCGCUUAGAAUCCAGGUCCCGAAGAACUCCUCCUGGGGGGGGGGCACAGGAGCCGAAGUUCCCCCAGAACCCACGGCCACUCGAGUCGAUUAAACUGGUGUUUCUAGAGCUUUUAUGUCUCUUCCCCCAGACAGAUGUUCGGUAUAUCAUCCCUGUGGCAUCUGCUUCCCUCACCUCGAUCAAGAGUCUGAGCCGCAGGCAAGUAUCUUGUAUUAGCCUUACCAACAUGGACAGUUCCUCGGAUACCAGUAAUGUGCUCCAGUCAAUCUCCUACUUCCUAGGCCCGCACCUGCACAGUCUGUCCCUGCGUGGGGGCACCCUGACAGAAGCUUCUUUUGUAGCGCUCAUCACAAGCUGCUCUGGGCUCCAGGUCUUGGACCUCAGUGGCUGCAACAGCCUUUUCAUGUCAGGGAUGCUCCUGGACCAGCCAGAAACAGUACAGCAGGUGCGGGAGGCCCUGGCGAACCUCCGGGAGCUCAACCUGGCUAACCUGCACUAUUUGGCAGACGCCAGCUUCAACCGCCUGAGCAGCUGUGCCCCCAAACUGGAGCACCUCUCCCUGGCCCACUGCCACAUCACCUUUGACCCCCACCACAAUCUGUUUGCUCAGCAAGCCUCUUCUGCCAUCCUUUCCUUCCGCAACAUACUCUGCUUCCUGAAGGAGCGAGCCAGUCGUCUUGUGGCCCUGGACCUGAGUGGCACAAACCUGCCUUCCACAGCUCUUCAGGCCCUGGGACAGGUGGUGGGACUCCAUCUGCAGGAGCUGACCUUGCGGGGCUGCCGGGACAUCUCCACUGAGGCUGUGGCAGCCCUGUGCCAUCAGCAGCAAGGCCUAACCAGCCUGGACCUGAGUGGCUGCUCAGAGCUAGUGGAUGGGGCACUUCUGGCUGUGUCCCGGGGCCUGCGGGGCCUGCGGCAUCUGCGGAUGGAGAAGCUGCAACGGCUGACGGAUGCUGGCUUCGCAGCCCUGCACGGGCUUCGGGAGCUGAGAAGCCUAGACGUGGCCGAGUGCUGCCUUGUGAGUGGGAGGGAGCUGGCCAAGGUGCUGGAGUUCCCCAAGGGCCCCCCACCCCACCUCACAUCUCUCAGGCUAGCCUACUGCUCCUUGCUGAAGGACAAGUCAGUGAUCUCCCUGGCCCAGGGGCUUGGCUCCAGCCUGAAGGUGCUAGACCUGUCAUCCUGCAUGUCCCUCACCAACAGCAGCCUGCUGGCCAUCUCUGCCAGUCUGCCCCAGCUCACUGUCCUACGUCUGGCUUGGUGUAAGGAAAUCACUGACUCGGGGCUCCUGGGGCUGGUGGAUCCAGGUGAGAAGAAGGACAAGGGUCCGAAGUUAAGCAGGAACUUUGGAGACAUGGGCUUCUUCCUCCCACAGCUGCCUCCAGAGCCCUUGGCCCCCUCCCAAGAGACUCCCAAGCAGCUCGCCCCCUCACUGCUCAUGCUGAGGGCCUUGCAGGAGCUCGACCUCACUGCCUGCAGCAAGCUGACAGACACCAGCCUGACCCAGGUCCUGAAGUUUCCCUGUCUGAAGCGGCUAUCCCUGAGCCUGCUCCUGGAGCUCACAGACACAGGGCUGGUAGCCGUGGCCAGGGGAUGUCCCAGCUUGGAGCACCUCGCCCUGAGUCACUGCAGCCGCCUGAGCGACAGGGGCUGGGACCAGGCCGUCAACUUCUGGAAGAGGCUCCAGCACCUAAACCUCUCCAGCUGUAACCAGCUCACGGAGCAGACACUGGUCAGCAUCAGAAAGGCGUGCCGGCAGCUGACGGUGCUGGACGUGUCCAUGUGCCAGGGCAUCAGCGUGGCUGCUGUGAGGCACUUCCAAGCCCAGCUGCCCCACGUGACCUGCGUCCAGUCCCGCUUUGUUGGGGGGGCUGACCUAGCCAUGAGCCUCUGAAUAAAGGUCAGUCACUGAACCCCAAUCCUUAGCCCACCCACCACUUCACUGUCCCCUGUAACCUUGGCAAGCUGCUGUCCAGUGCCCUGAGCUUGGGUGCCUCGCCAUUCCCACCGUCUUUCCUGGAGCCAGAGAAGGGUCAACGCUGCUCACCUCCCCUCCUCGGUCAAAGACUCCUUUGCCAGGAUUGGGGGCACAGGGGAACUGCUUCCUUGGCAUCGCUUCAUCUGUUGCACGGCCUCUGUUGGAGUCUAAGUGGGGGAGCACCGUGUUCCUCCCUUGCCCUUCCCACCCUGGCUCGGUGCUCCCGGCCUCCAAGGGAGCCUCCAGCUCAGCUCAAACAGCAGAACCCCAACACGGCCUAGUGCUGCUCAGGUUCUCCCAGCCCCUUUCCUAGAGGCCAGGCCUGAUAUCACAGGCAAGGUUAGGCUGAAUCCUAGGGACUGGAACAGCAUAGUAUCUGGGCCUUGGGCUUCUGCUCAUCACUUCUGACAUCUCAAUCCCUGGCCUUCGUUUACAAAUGAGUCUUUGUUUCUGGUGUGGGGGAUCUGGGCUUCUCCCCCAGCUCCUUAGUGCUGUGACCCACCCAAUACUGAAUUCUUUGCUGGAUCUGCAAAAAUUAAAAAUCUCUGAUCUCAUCUCUAUGUCGUGGGUUCUCAGGUCGAGGGACCCUAGGACUCUGAACUGGGAGGAGCCUCAGACAUCCUCCAUUUGCCUCCUUUCAUUCAAAAGAUGAGGAAAGCAAGAGGAAAGUGAUUUGCCUGAGACCUAAGUGAGUGUUGCCCCCUUGGAAAGCUUGUCAUGAGUUCCAGUUCUGCUGCUAUGGAACUGUCUGGAAACCUUCUGGAAAGGGUCUUCAGAACCAAGAACAGCCCCACGAGACCAGCUUUGUAUCUCUAGCUGGCCCACACUUGAACCCCAAAAUGAUCACAGGAUCCACAGCCAGAAGGAACUGUAGUGACCAGCUAGAAAGUAAAGCCCUGAGUGAGAAUAGCUCAGCCCACAAUCACCCAGGAGCACAGCUGGGAUUUCAAACCCAGGCCGUC